AGGAGGCGGGGCCGGAAGCUGCCUGCGGAGGGAUGCCACUAGCCGGAAGUGGUCCCAGGUGUCGCUCAGAGCCCAGUGUCCCCGGGAACUCUUAAGGGAGCCUGGGGAGGGCGGGGUGCGGGCGGGGUGGCCGGGGCGGGGCCGGCGGGAGGGCCGAGGGCCGGGCGGACCUGUCCCUGCCGGUCCCCGGUGGACCCCGCCUGCCCCGGUGUCACGGCCAUGAAGCUGAAGCUGAAGAACGUGUUUCUUGCCUACUUUCUGGUGUCGAUCGCCGGCCUCCUCUACGCUCUGGUGCAGCUUGGCCAGCCUUGUGACUGCCUCCCUCCACUUCGAGCUGCAGCUGAGCAGCUUCGGCAGAAGGACCUGAGGAUAUCCCAGUUGCAAGCUGAUCUCCAUCGCCCACCCCCUGCCCCAGCCCAGCCCCCUGAACCUGAGGCCCUGCCUACUAUCUAUGUCAUUACCCCCACCUACGCCAGGCUGGUACAGAAGGCAGAGCUGGUUCGGCUGUCCCAGACCCUGAGCUUGGUGCCCCGUCUACACUGGCUGCUAGUGGAGGACGCUGAGAGCCCUACCCCGCUGGUCUCGGGGCUGUUGGCCGCCUCUGGUCUCCUCUUUACACACCUGGCUGUCCUUACCCCCAAGGCUCAGCGGCUUAGGGAAGGUGAGCCAGGCUGGGUCCGCCCCCGAGGAGUAGAACAGCGCAACAAGGCCCUCAAUUGGCUCCGAGGUAAAGGGGGUGCUGUUGGGGGCGAGAAGGAUCCACCACCACCAGGGACCCAAGGAGUCGUGUAUUUUGCUGAUGAUGACAACACCUACAGCCGGGAGCUCUUUAAGGAGAUGCGUUGGACUCGUGGUGUCUCAGUGUGGCCUGUGGGGCUGGUGGGCGGCCUGCGAUUUGAGGGUCCUCAGGUACAGGAUGGCCGCGUUGUGGGUUUCCACACAGCAUGGGAACCCAACAGGCCCUUUCCCCUGGACAUGGCGGGAUUUGCAGUUGCCCUGCCCUUGCUGUUGGCUAAGCCCAAUGCCCAGUUUGAUGCUACUGCACCCCGGGGCCACUUGGAAAGUAGUCUCCUGAGCCAUCUUAUAGAUCCCAAGGACCUGGAGCCACGGGCUGCCAACUGUACUCAGGUACUGGUAUGGCACACCCGGACAGAGAAACCUAAGAUGAAGCAGGAGGAGCAGUUACAACGGCAGGGCCAGGGCUCAGACCCAGCUGUUGAGGUGUGAUGGCAACUUCACCCUGACUUCUACCUUAUUUUAGGCACAUACCUUGUGGGACUGGGCUCCAGGCCAGCCCAGGAUGUGGCUUUUUUUUUUUUUAAGACCUGACCCCUAAGAACCAGAGGCAGCCCCUCCAACCACAGGGUGUGGCCCAGUUGCCUCUUUCCCUCCCCUAGCCUGCCACGUGGCACUGCCCACAGGCUGGGGACAAGCAGCUUCUGUAGUGAGCCAGGUCAGCCCCAUCUGGGGUGGAGCAGGACAGAUGGACUCAGAAGGGAGGGUAGCUGAGGGAAAUGGGUAACUUAUUGGGGACAAGCAUGCAGUGGGGGGCUAGAGGAGCUGGGCUGGACCCUCCCCAUCUGAGCAUGCGGAUCCCCUUCCUACCUCUAGAAUAAAGAAUCUCAACCUGGA